GACGAGUGAUUUCGAAUUGUUCUCGCGGAACUGUGGUGUUUCCCGCUCGCGUGAAGUUGAACAAAAUUGUUGCCCAAGCUGUUGCUUAGCAACGGCGUCUCUCGAUUAAAAAACAUGGCCGACAGCAAACCCAGACUCGCGUUAACCACUUUUAAAAAACCUCAAGCGUCCUGCCCGGAAAGGCCAUGUCAGAACAGGGCAUCCUCUGCCUCUACAAAGAAACCUCAGCAAAUGGACCUCUUAGCCAGAGAAGAAGAAUACAAGCGUCUCAAUGCAGAGUUGGAGGCAAAAACAGCAGAACUUGUUCGGCAAGCAGAGAAAGUUAUGAGAGAACAAAAUGAUGUACUCUCAAAACCAGUGUCUUCUCACCUCUCCAUUGAUAUUGACAGUGAUUUUGAGGAUUCUGGGAAGGCAGAUCUAAUAAAAGAACCCAGUUGGACACAGCCCACUACAAAGGCAAUAAAGAGCAAUAACACAGCAAAAACAAGCCAAAAGCCAAACAAGCCAAGCUCAGGAAGCAAAAACAAAUUUCAAAGGGCAUUGCAGAAUGUGGUUGACGAUGUUGCUGUUCCUGAAGACUUUGGGGAUUUCUCACUGGCUAAGACAAUCAGCGUAAUUGAGGACAGAGUUAGUGAUGAUGUUACUGAGGAACACUUUCAGGAUGACAUCAUGCCAAGUGCUGGAGAUGAGAUGGGUGCAGAGGCUCAAAUCAGAUUUCUGAAGGCUAAACUUCGAGUAAUGCAGGAGGAAUUAAACAGACUCUCCUAUGACUGCAACAAGAAGGAUGAUGAAAAUAGUACUUUAAGCAAGAAACUGAAGGAUGUGGAGGAGGAACGGACAAGACUACAGAGGGCCACAAAUGCCCAGCAGACUCAGAUUGAGAAACAGAGAGCUUUAGCUGAAGAAUCAAAUAAGAAGUGUGAGGCUCUGAAACUGCAAGUGACAGCACUACAGAAGGAAGUAGAGGGCAUGAAGAGGGUCCAAAAGCAGGCAGCCAGUAACCAUAGUGCAACAGAGGUGCGGUUGAAUAGAGCUCUGGAAGAGGCUGAGAAGACCAAAGCUCAACUUAAUAAACUCAAACAGAGCAGUAAGGAUUCAGCCAGUCAGGAGCACCAAAGGAUUGAAAGCUUACAAGCUGAAAACAGAAAACUGGAAAGACAAAAGACUGAGCUCAUCGUGGCUUUUAAGAAGCAACUUAAGCUAAUAGAUAUUUUAAAAAGACAGAAGAUGCAUUUUGAAGCUGCCAAGAUGUUGUCCUUUACUGAAGAGGAGUUCAUGAAAGCUUUGGAUUGGGGAAAUAAUGCAGUCUAGCAGGGUUCUGUUUUGUAUAGUUUGUUAAGAUGUUUAUGGUUGAAAGACUUUUUUUUCACUCACAUACUGUAUUUAAAAUAAAUCAUAAAGGUGAAUAUUAUCAAAAA